AUGGACUUUGAUCAUUACGGGCAGAGCUCCCAGCAGCCUCGACAGCGCCGGAAACGGGUUGCUAAGAGGCGACUUCGUAACAAGCCUCCGGUCGCUGCUCGUCUGGCGCUGGAUGCUCAGCUCCGUGGCAAUGUCGGCCUCUUAUCGGAGGACUUGGCCAAGGACCUCUUUCCGCAGCAGUCGCUUCAGGAUGUUGCGACGCAUGACGGCGUGCACUAUGUAGCCGUUUCCCCGCAUUCCCCGACCCUUUCCUCGGCGGAGGACCAGGUAUGGACGAUUCUACCUGUGCGAUUUCACAGCUUAGAGCGCUCUCAAACACCAAUUUCACAUUCUACCGUCUUGUUCCCCGAUUCCGCCGAUACCCUGCAACCUUUCCUCCAGGCCCUCGGAAAGCUCGACGCAUCCCGGAAUUCGCUACAGACCCACCGGGCGGUGGAGAUUCGGCUCCUCGAUGUCGCCCCGUUGCAUCUCGAUACCGUCUUUGUAACUGUUGAGCGCCAUUUACUCCGCAAUCAUGAUGAUGUACAGAGCAAAUUCGGCGGUGGGUUCCCAUCUAAUGUCCACGGUCCUAAUGGAGUGUGGUCCAAGACCGGCAAGACUGUGGACACGAGAAGGCCGUCGAAAAAGGCAGCGGCCGAUGCUGAGCAACGACUGACUGCCGCUGUGCGUGAGGCAUUGGCUGCUCAACGACUCGUGCAUAUGGGUGACGUUCUUCCGCUUCCUCUUCCGCCCCAUCCUAUUACCUAUGCGCCCGCGCCACCAGCUCGCAUUUCUUUCUGCGAGCCUGUCUCGCAGGGUCUGCUGGGACCGACGACAAAGGUGGUUCUUGUUCAGGCUCGUCCGCAGCAGGGUAACCGGGUGCCACAAACGCUCCCACCACGAUCCGCGCUUCUAAAACAAGUGGCCGAAGAUGAAGCCGACGAUACCUCCAACGAACAGUUCUACUCUGCGGCCGAGGACAAAGCUGGGGAGAGUGGCACUGAGGUGGAAACAACGUCUGCGGCUGAAGAAUCCGAGACUGAAGGAUCAGUGGGCUCCAUGAGCGAUGACUCCGAUGAUUCUUUGGAGGACAUGAUUUCACUUUCUGCUCCCGAGCUUCCUCAACCUCCAUCCGGCGUUAUGUCUUCCAUCACCUCCGCUACACCUCGGGCUGGCGGUCGACGGAUUGAUGGGAUCCAUACCCCAGGCUCGGUCGCGUCGAACUUCACAUCAGCAACGAUGCGACCUGGCCGCGGAGGUGGAAAAGUGUUCAAGGUCGAAGGUCUUUUGCAACAAGUCCCGAACGAAGUUCUCCAUCCCCGCCCACGCGAUGACGAGGAUGUGGAUUCCUUCAUCUUUGUCGAUAUCAGCACACUUGCCAAGAUCGGUUGCUUCUCGGGCGACUGGGUUCGGAUCGAAGCAACCGAAGAGCCUCAACUCGGCAUGUUCGCUUCGCUAAAGUUCGGCAGUUUUAAUAACGAUGCCACCGAGGAUUCUGGAGAUUGGCGACCUGUUAAGGUCUUUGGACUGCCAGGACUUCCAUCCGCGAAGCCCCGGUACGCGAUCAACCACUCUGGUGCUCGCCGAUCAAGCUUCUCACAGCUAGCUCCGACGCGACUGACCCCUUCCGUCUUCGUGCCUCCACUGCUUCUGAGCAAUAUCGAGAACCCCAAGUACCUCCGCAUCUCCCCUAUGACUUUCCAGGCUGCCAACGGCGUGUCAAAGCCUGGCCUCUUGCACCACAUGAAGAACAGCGCCGUGAAGAACCCUCCCAUGGCGAAAGAAGUCACACUGCUCAAGGUCUCCACGCCCCUGUCGAUGGAUCGAGUCCUUCAGCCUGCACUCUUUGCCGGGCUCAAGCAGUACUUUGAGUCUCGUCGAAGAAUCCUGAAGAGCGGAGAUCUUGUUGGUAUUAGUGUCGACGAGGGAUUGGGCAGAGCGGUCUUCUCUGGUACAGCUGGAGGCGAUGGCGCCAAUCAAGAAGACGAUAUCACUGCUCGAUUAGGACAAGGAUCCAAGCAGGAGAGCUCUGAGGCCCGCAAGGUCGGCGUGGCCUGGUUCCGCGUUGGACAGGUGGCUCCCACUAGCAUCGAAGAAAUCGAUGAGACUGGUGAGGAUCAAUGGGGUGGAGUUGCGGUCAUCGACCCCAGCAGCACUCGCAUGGUCCAGGCCGGCAGCGAUGUCAGCCGCGUCCCCGGUAUUCUGGGUAACGGCUGGGAAUACUGGCUCGGCGUCAAGAAAAUCCCCAAGACCGUUGGUGAUGCACCAGCACCACAUGGUAUUGUCACAGAACCUCCUCAGUCGUUUAUUGCCCCGUUGCAGCUGCGCAUCCGUGACUUGAUGGCGGCAGCAACGAGCCCACGGGCUAUCCAGCUGGGCAUGAAGCCCGUCGUCAUUCUUCUGAAAUCCCAACAGCGACACAUUGGCAAGGCAACUGUUGCGACACGUGCCUGUGCAGAUAUUGGUCUCCACACUUUCCCCAUUGAUGCUUAUGAUAUCCUCACCGAAGGCGGCGCGAACGGCGGCGAUGUUAAAACCGAAGCUUAUCUCAAAGCUCGUGCCGAGCGGGCGUUCCACUGCGGUGCGAACUGUACUGCCUUGCUGAUCAAGCACAUCGAGGUAUUGACAGCCGACCGUAUUGUGACUGCCAUGAAUGACAUCCUCUGUGAGGCUCGGGUCGUUAUCGCAACGACCACCGAUGUCGAACAGAUCCCAGAGGGCAUUCGCAGUGUUUUCACCCACGAAUUCGAGAUGGGAGCCCCCGAGGAGAAGGAGCGUGAGGGUAUCUUGCGAAAUGUGGUUGCAGAGCGUGGCAUCAAGCUGUCAGCCGACGUCGAACUUGGAACCGUCGCGCUCAAGACCGCCGCUUUGGUUGCGGGAGAUCUGGUGGAUGUCGUGGAGCGCGCAGCGAGUGCCCGAACUGCCCGGCUCGAGAAACUGGCAGAGACCGCCAGCAAGCAACUUUCUGGUUUACACGUUUGCGUGAGGGAUGUCCUGAUUGCCGGCGGGGACGGUGCCCGUGGAGUCACCAAAGCCGACUUUGAUUUCGCCGUCGAGGCUGCCCGCAAGAACUUUGCCGAUUCGAUUGGUGCACCUAAGAUCCCCAACGUCGGCUGGGAUGAUGUUGGUGGGUUGACCAACGUCAAGGACGCUCUUAUCGAGACAAUCCAACUGCCUCUUGAACGCCCGGAGCUGUUUGCAAAGGGCAUGAAGAAGCGCAGCGGUAUCCUCUUUUAUGGACCUCCCGGAACUGGCAAGACGCUACUCGCCAAGGCUAUUGCCACCGAGUUCUCUCUCAAUUUCUUCUCUGUCAAGGGUCCUGAACUGCUCAACAUGUAUAUUGGUGAAUCUGAAGCCAACGUACGCAGAGUCUUCCAGCGUGCUCGGGAUGCACGACCCUGCGUUGUAUUCUUCGACGAGCUAGAUUCCGUGGCGCCCAAGCGUGGCAACCAGGGAGACAGCGGCGGUGUCAUGGAUCGUAUUGUCAGUCAGCUGCUUGCCGAGCUGGAUGGUAUGAACGGCGGAGAGGAGAACAGCGGUGGCGUCUUCGUGAUUGGCGCAACCAACCGUCCCGAUCUAUUGGAUUCCGCACUGCUGCGUCCUGGUCGUUUCGAUAAGAUGCUCUACCUGGGAGUGUCAGAUACGCACAGAAAGCAGGCGACGAUUCUGGAGGCGCUUACCAGGAAAUUCGCUCUCCACCCGGAUGUGUCUCUUGACCGCGUGGCAGAUCGACUUCCAUUGACAUACACCGGUGCUGAUUUGUAUGCGCUUUGCUCCGAUGCCAUGCUGAAGGCUAUUACACGGAAAUCUACCGCUGUAGAUGACAAAAUCAAACAGCUCCCUGGUGGUCCGGUGACCACGGCUUACUUCUUCGACCACCUGGCAACGCCAGAGGAUGUUUCGGUGACAGUCACGGAGGAAGACUUCCUGUCUGCCCAAGGGGAACUUGUCCCUAGUGUCAGUGCCAAGGAACUGGAACAUUUCGAACGGAUCCGCCAAACGUUCGAAUCCGUGGAUAAGAAGCAGGAAGCUGGAACCGGUGGCUCACAGACGAUUGCUGAAGCGAUGGAAGCGUUCAACCUGGGUGCGACGUCACCGUCGCCGGUGGGGACUCCCACGACCAACGGAGACGGCUCCUUGGUGGGCAGUAUUCAUGGCCGUAUCAAGGGAUUGAAGCAAUGGCCGGGUGGUAUUGUUCGCAGUACGAGUGGUCAAUCGACAAUAAGCAGUAAAGGCAAGGGCAAGGGCGUUGCUGAGAAGAAGGGCAAAGGCUCCCAUGUCGGUGGCGAUUCCGAUGCAUCUCUGGAGGGUGAUGAUGAAGAGAUGGCCGAUGGUCGAGUAGAAGACGAGGACGAGGAGGAUUAUAUCGUUCGCACAGACCACCUUGCCAACCCCAUGGAAGAGGUUGAGUAA